CCAUGAUAAACGGAAGUUAACAAUUUUCAUGAGCGUGUAAAUUGAACGACGACACCGGUCUCAAAUUUAACUUUUUGGAACCCCACAGAAAAUGUUUUCCCGACUUUGUCAAAGAUCAGUGUCCCUAAGCAGGACAGCCUUACUGAACCGCUAUCAAAGUACCCUAGUGGUAGCAGAACACAACAAUGAGCAAUUAUCCCCCGUCACUUUAAAUACAAUAACUGCUGCUAGUAAAAUUGGGGAUGUCACAUGUCUGGUUGCCGGCUCACAGUGUGGAAAGGUUGCUGAAGAAGUGAGUAAGGUGACAGGGGUCCAGAAAGUUCUGCUGGCUGACAAUGAUGCAUAUAAAGGAUUCUUAGCAGAGUCUAUGACACCACUGGUUUUAGCUCUACAGAAACAGUUCAAUUUUGAAUACAUUCUAGCCAGUGCAACUGCGGUUGGAAAGAAUUUUAUGCCACGUGUUGCGGCUAAGCUUGAUGUUUCCCCAAUAUCUGACAUCACGGGAGUGAAAGAUAAAGACACAUUUGUUAGGACCAUUUAUGCAGGAAAUGCCGUUCAAACUUUGAAAUCCAGCGAUCCGGUCAAGGUUAUCACUGUACGAGGUACAGCGUUUGAAGCUGCACCAACAUCUGGUGGUUCCGGUAGCUCUGAAAAUGCACCCACUGUAGAAGUACAGAAUGACAAAUCAGAAUUUGUUGGUCAAGAAUUAACCAAGAGUGACCGUCCAGAAUUAGCAGGGGCCAGGGUAGUAAUUUCAGGAGGUCGUGGUAUGAAGAACGGAGACAAUUUCAAGCUCUUGUACGAACUUGCUGACAAAAUGAACGCGGCAGUUGGUGCAUCUCGUGCAGCAGUAGAUGCUGGCUUUGUACCAAAUGACAUGCAGAUUGGACAGACUGGAAAAAUUGUUGCACCAGAUCUAUACAUUGCUGUAGGGAUUUCAGGGGCCAUCCAGCACUUGGCUGGUAUGAAGGACAGUAAAGUUAUUGUUGCUAUCAAUAAGGAUCCAGAGGCCCCAAUAUUCCAGGUGGCCGACUACGGACUUGUUCAGGAUCUUUUCAAGGCUGUCCCAGAGAUUACGACCAUGGUGAAAUAGAGGUCAAGUAGAGGGCAAUGUUUAACAGGAUUACUGACUAGGUUAUAGCAUAAUUGACUGAAAAAAUAUUGGAUUAAAAUUUGGUUUACAAAAUAUUCUUUGGAAUCCAUUAAUUUAGUCUAGUUUUAAUCGUUUAAUCUCAUUAGAUAUGUGAUUAUUGAAUGUAUGAAAGUGUGAAACAAUUUAAUGUCUAUAUACUCCGAUUAUGAAAACGUAAGCCAAACAUAAUUAACAAAAAAAGAAAGAUAACAACAACAACAACAAAACCACAAACAAACAACAGUAUUUGAGCUUGUCUUGAAAAGUAGAUUGUAUUUAUUAUAAAUUAACUUGUUGAAAAUACAUACAUGUACUUAAUCUAUAUAGUUAUUCGUGAUGAUGAAAUUUUUGUGAAAAAAUAUUAUGAACAAUUUA